AUGAUAGUAAUAAAAGAAGCUGAAAAAUUAGUCUUGAGUAAUGGUAGGGUUUGGCAAAAGCAUGUGUGGAACAAGCCAACACAGUCCAAGAAAGGUUAUAAAGUUUUAGCUAUCGAGACUUCUUGCGAUGAUACAUGUGUUUCGGUGUUAGACAGAUUCUCAACAAGUGCAGCACCAAAAGUGUUGGCCAAUUUGAAAGAUACACUAGAUAGCAUUGAUGAAGGAGGUAUCAUUCCGACAAAGGCUCACAUCCAUCACCAAGCUCGGAUAGGACCCCUAACUGAAAGGGCUUUGGUAGAAAGCGGUGUUAGAGAAGAGAUUGAUCUCAUAUGUGUUACAAGGGGACCUGGAAUGCCAGGCUCAUUAUCAGGUGGAUUGGAUUUCGCAAAAGGUUUAACUGUUGCUUGGAACAAACCACUAGUUGGUGUACAUCAUAUGCUGGGACAUUUACUGAUACCUAGAAUGCUUACGAACGGAAAAGUACCACAAUUCCCUUUUGUUAGUCUGCUAGUCAGUGGGGGUCAUACAACGUUUGUUUUGUCACGGGCUAUUGACAAUCAUGAAAUAUUAUGUGACACCAUCGAUAUUGCUGUAGGUGAUUCAUUGGAUAAAUGCGGUAGGGAACUAGGAUUCAAAGGGACUAUGAUUGCUAGAGAAAUGGAGAAUUUUAUAAAUCGAGAUUCUAAAUAUCAGGAUCAGGCUUUGAAGCUAAAUAUGCCUAGUCCAUUGAAGAGUAAUACUAGCAGGAGAAACAUGCAGUCUUUUUCAUUCUCAGCAUUCAUUACAGCAUUGAGAACCAAUUUAGUAAAGUUAAAUAAAACUCAGGUUCAUGACCUUUCUGAAGAAGAAGUACGAUCAAUUGCUUAUCAAGUACAGGAAUCUGUCUUUGACCAUAUUAUAACUAAACUCAAGCAAGUGGUUAAAUCACAACCGGAUAAGUUUCAAAAUGUGCAUGAUUUUGUCUGUUCUGGUGGAGUGAGCAGUAAUAAAAGGUUGAGAACAAAAUUAAAGGAAGAGCUGGGCGCACUGAAUUCCACAAAGCCUACGAAUUUUUAUUUUCCGCCUAUGGAUCUUUGUAGUGACAACUCAAUUAUGAUUGGCUGGGCAGGUAUUGAGAUAUGGGAAAGUUUAGGAUUAGUUAGUGAUUUGGAUAUAUGUCCUAUUAGGCAAUGGCCAUUGAAUGAUCUCUUAAACGUUGGCGGUUGGACAAAGUACUAA